AUGAUUUCCUUUCCGGCGUCGCACACUCCACCCUCCGCAUUCGCUCUCGGUUCGCCGCCGCCUCGGAACGUCGCCUCGUCUGCAGAAACCCUGACAGGGGAGGCGAUGUCGACUGCUCCGCCCCGCGCCGCACCAGCCUCGUCUCUGCCGUCUUCCCAGUCUUCUGCGGCUUCGGCCGUCGCGGCCGCUGCGGUGACAUCUCCCAUAGCCGCGUUUUCCCGACGAUGCUUCUUGGACUCGUUAAGCACGCUAGUGGGGCGAAAGUUCCUUCUGCUGGAUGAGAAACUCGCGGGUCCGUUGUCGCUUUUGGUGGAUGCCCCGACUCUCCAGCAGCACGGCGUAGAUCGCUGCUAUCCGUUGCGGGCGUUUCCCGUGCCCGCGAAUUCUCUCUCUGCGGGAGCCGCCGCAGCGCCGUUCGUCCUCUUCGUUUGUCGCCCCCGUCUGGCGCUUCUGCCUCUGCUUGUCCAGCACAUCCAUUUCAUCGAAAAGACCUACCAGCCGACGCAGCCGCCGUCCCUUUCUUCGUCCUCCGUCUCGCCCUUCUCGUCCUUCCCGCCCCCGUCCUGCUUCUCGCCGUCAGGGCGACACUACGUGGUGCUCUUCAUUCCGUCGUCUUCAGACUUCUUGGCCAGCGAACUGCGACGGCUCCUCUCAAAUCCGCCGCCUCUGCCUGCCUCGGUGACCUCCGCGUCAGCAUCUUCUUCGCUCAUGUCCAAUCUGAGCAGCCUUCCCGCAGCUCUCACGAACUCGCUUCUCUUCAACGCGCCAGGGGGCUCCACCCCAGCGACUUCGUCCACGCUUCAACUCAACCUCGAAAGCACAACCGUGGCGGGCUGCCCGAUCUACUUCUUUCCUCUCGCUCCGGAUGUGCUGUCUCUGGAGCUCCAGAACUCGUUUCGCGACAUCCACGUCUUUGGCGACCCUUCCCCGUGCCUGCAUGCGGCCGCCGCCGUCCAGCUGUUGCAGCAGGAGCUGCAACAGAACUCGGUCAUUCCGCAUUUGCGGUGUCUCGGCAGCGCCGCCAAGACCGUCGCUGACCAUCUCAUUCAGCAGCGGAAGGAGAAGCAGGCGGCGGCGCAGCAGCAGGCCCUAUGGGGCGAGGCCGCAGCUUCGGGGAGUGCCUUGUGGGCCACGAGCGGCGGCAGGACAGGCGGCGUCUUUGGCGCCGACAGCAGGGGCGUUUUCCACGGCGAAGACGGAAGUGAAGAGCUGCUGGAGCACCUCGCGCCGGUCGCUCCCCCCGUGCGCUUUGCCUUGAGUCCGGAAGAUCUGGGAAGCCCUCUAGAGACACCUGACGACGGGCCAGGCUCCCAGCCCCACCGGGCGGGCGACGAAGCGUCCAAGGCCGCAGCGUCUCCCGCGAGCGCAGGCGCCGACGGGGAAAACCGGAGGAGCGGAUCGUCCACGUCGAGCAAAGCAGGAAGCGCUUCAGAGGGAAAGGCGGGCGACGCAGAGACAUCGAGCCUGGGACAGGGCGCCGGGGCCGAUUUCGCAGAGUCCGGGCGUGAUCCGGCUCAGCCCACAGGCAACAGAGGCUCUUCGGAGACAGCCGCGCUGCGGCAGGCGGGAAGAAGUGCGACGGCGGGUGCCAGGCCUGCAGUCCACGUCGACAUGCUUGUUCUCGUCGACCGUCGCUCGGACCUGGUUACGCCCUUGUGCUCGGCCUUCACCUACGAGGCGCUCCUCGACGUGGUCUUCGGCAUUGAUUCCGCGGCCGUGGAAGUACCGCAGCAACUCCUCCAGCAGAAGCAAGCGAGCGGGGAGGCCGGAGCAGCGGCUCCAGGGUCGAAGGCGCAUCCGGUCUUGCUCCCCGGCGGGCGCCGCCAGAAAGUUCCUCUGUCGUCCGACGGCCUCUUUGCGACGCUGCGCGACCUCCACCAGUCGGCUGUCGGCGCGCACCUCCAUCGCGUGGCCAAUGAAAUUCAGCAGACCUACAAAGAGAAGGACGAGCUGCGGUCCAUUCAGGAGAUUUCCGUCUUCAUGAACAAGUUCAAAGUGAAGCAGCAGGAGCACUCGUCCCUGUCGCUCCACGUCCGACUCGCCUCCUUCCUCGCCUCCGUGGCGAAGGACCCGGCCUUCUUCAGGCGCCUCACGCUCGAAGACGAACUGCUGCAGUCCGCCGGCAGCGCGACGAGCUCCAGCUCUGGAGCGACGCUCAGCGCCGCACUCCUGACUGAACUGGACAACAUGAUAGACGCCACCGCCCCGUCAGGCGGCCUCUGGUGGACCACGCCUGGGGCGACUCCGCGGGGCUCCGGCCCCGGCGCUCUCGGGCUCGGCGACAGCUCUGCAGUGGGUGUCUCCGUCCAUCCGGCCAAGCCCGCAGCGGCGCCGUGCGUCGAGGACGUGUAUCGUCUCCUCUGUCUCGCUUCAGUCGUCAACGGCGGUCUCAAAGGCAAGCAACUCGAAGGCCUCCGAAAAGGGUUGAUUCACCAGCACGGCCUCCGCGAAGCCGUACGCAUGUCCCACCUCCAAAAGGCGGGCCUUCUGCGGCAGGCCGACGGCGUCGGCGGAGCGGGAGGCAGCGCGGCUGGAAGCUGGAAGGCGCUGAAAAAAGACUGCAAGUUGCUUGUCGACGAGGAACAGUCCGUCGACGACAUUGCCUACGCGUGCUCAGGAUAUGCGCCCCUGUCCGUACGUCUCCUUCAGUUCCUGCACGAUCAGCCGAACGGCUGGCGGUCGAUCCCGCACAUUUUGUCUCAGCUGUGGGGACCUGCGAUGGAGGUCCGCCAGCAGCAACCCUCGCCGAUCGACUCGCUCCAGGCUCUGCAGCAGCCACUUCAACGGCGCCAGCAAAGAGACGCGUCUCCCGACGGCGACGGCUCCGUGGAAACGGUCAUGGUCAUGUAUCUUGGCGGCGUCACCUACGCGGAAAUCGCUGCGAUUCGUAGACUGAACGAGAUGGAGAUCGUCAAGCAGCAGCAAUUUCAAGAGCAGGAACGGCGGGCACAUCAAGGGGCGCCAGCAGCCAAGCCGCCCCCGCGUCGACGGUAUAUCAUUGUGACGACGGAGAUCAUUAACUACAGAAAGUUGAUUGCGAGUUGUGGAGAAGACGCAGAAGACCCCUGCGAGCGUUUUCUGUGGCAGGCGCGAGAGUGCGAGGCGUGA